AUGGAUUCCCUAGCUACGCAUAACAAGAUGUUAGAGAGACAAAUCACUCAAUUAGCGCAAAAUGCUAGCUCUUCCUCUAGGCCUUCAGGCAUGCUACCUGGACAACCUGAGACGAAUCCCAGAGGUCAUGUGAAUGCUAUAACCCUUAGGAGUGGAAAACAAUACGAGGAACCUAAGAUGAAGGAAAAUGAUGGGGGAGAUGGUCACCAUGAAGAGAAAACUAAAAUUGUGAUAGAUGUGGAUAAUAAGACCCAGAUACAGGAAGAAGAAAAAGUUAAGAAAUAUGUGGCCCCCGCUCCUUACAAGCCUCCUCUACCCUUUCCCCAAAGGUUAGCUAAGGCUAAGUUAGAAAAGCAGUUCGGAAAAUUUUUGGAGAUUUUGAAAAAGUUGCACAUCAAUAUCCCGUUCACUGAAGCUAUCUCUCAAAUGCCUUCUUAUGCUAAGUUCUUGAAAGAGAUCCUAUCUAACAAAAGGAAGUUGGAAGAAUACGAGACUGUGGCCCUUACUGAGGAGUGUAGUGCUAUCAUCCAGAAUAAGCUGCCUCCUAAGCUUAAGGAUCCAGGUUCAUUUUCUAUUCCUUGUGUUAUUGGUAAUGUCUCUAUUAACCGUGCUUUGUGUGAUUUAGGUGCAAGCGUAAGUUUGAUGCCAAUGUCCAUCUAUAAGAAGCUUGGCAUAGGAGAUUUGAAGCCAACCACGAUAUCACUCUAA